AUGGAAGAAGAGGACAAAGAAUCGUACUGGACCGGGACACUGAACCGGCUUAAGGCCGAGGAAGCUGACCAGGAGAUCCAGUACUAUCUGGGUGUCAGCGGGAGCCACGUACCGGGCGUGCUAGCCCACCAGCGAGCGCUCGGUCGUCUGAUCAAACUCCAGCGACAGAUCAGGGAAGAACGUCUCCGUCGCUUGCCCGCCAAACUGCCUCAGCGGAACCAGAUUGCGGGGAACACUAUUGCCUUUAAACUCUAUCAGAACUCAGACGCCACUGCCGACAUCGCCAUCGAAUGGGCCGCUGCCCACAACCCCCCGUACGACCGGCAGCACCGGUCUGCCGAACCGCACCACUCCCGCGGACCCCUAUACACCGACGAACCCUAUUCCCAUGAACUGCCCUAUGACCCGUUGCCGCACGACCAGCAACUCGGAAACGGUUCAAUGCGGCGGCAACCCCUCGGAGCUUACCCCGACGCGAAUUACCGGGCUUCUCAAGACGGAGCUCAUCAAGAUGGAGCCUAUCAAGAUGGAGCGUAUCGAGAUGGGACUUAUCAAGAUGGAGCGUAUCGAGAUGGAAGCUAUCAAGACGGAGUUUAUCAAGAGGGAGCUUAUCGUGAUGGAUCUUAUAAAGACGCAUCUUAUCAUGACGCAUCUUGCCGUGACCCUGACCAUGGGGCAUCUUAUGAAGACCAAGACCACGCGUCUUACCGGGAGGGAUACAUUGCGGGCACGUAUACACGGAGCGGCACGUCUUCAUACUCGCGCAGUGGGACGCCCAACGAAGACGUCUCGGCUGAAAAUCGUUCUUUCUUCGGCGACCAAAACGAGGACUCCAAAACAUGCAGCGGACGGCGCCGUGGCCAUGAACCAUUGUACCAGAGCUCCGCGGAAGCCAGCGCCGAAGUGGAAAAGGAAAGGGCCCGGUCAUCUUCUUCUCGGGCCGCCGGGAAUUUGUCGGGCGCAAAUUCGUGUGCACACGCGCGAGAUCGCGCGGCCACUUGCUCUGCAAUCAUUCCACACCCGGAUUACGAGCGGGGCGAGUAUCGUCCGGUGAGCGCACAGUGGUUUGAGGUAUCUGAUGUACCUGAGCGUGAGCUCCGGCGUCGGCUGCAACGCGGAGAGAUUAUGCCUAGGGAGGAGUGGGUGCCCAGCGACGACGUCCAAAACCGGAAGGUAAUUUCGGCAAGUGAAGCGGAGUCAAGAAUCGAUUUUGGCGAGAAGCUCCGGCAAGAGGGAGCCGACGCAAUGGUGGCGGGCAAGAUCCAGCGCGCAAACGUGUUGUACACGCAGGGAUAUAACUUGCUAAAGCACUACGUGUGCGAGAAUAGAGACCGGGACAUCGAGUUGCAGGAGCUCCUGGCCAUUUUUAGGCGGAACAAGGCCGUUACGCACCUGAAGUUGAAGGAGUAUCGCGCGUGCAUCGCAACGGCCAAGGAAGGCCUCAUAUUUGACGAGCACGACGGCAAACUCCACUACCUGCUGGGGCGGUCGCUCCAGCACCUGGGGCUGCUCGAGGAGGCCAUUGACGCGUACAAGACCAUCGCCACCGACGGUUUUGUAGACGAGGAGCACCGAAUCGCUGCAAGGGUGGCCCUGAAACAGGCACAGACAGAGCUACGGACCGCCAAUUUGAAGAGUGGAAAAGUCGUCAAAAAUUAUUCAGCUGAAAAUGCACCUCUCAAAAAGUUCCUGCCAGCAGCCCUUUCAACCGGAGGCCCGUCCAAAGCACCCACUCGCAAGGAAUCCCUGAAACCCAUAGAUCCACCCAUGCCGCCCCGAAGGUUCCUAUCACUGCUACAAGAUCUUGCUCUCGCGUACACUGUAAAUGUUCACUAA